CCAGCGAAAUAAUACUACACGUAUGGCAUUAUUUCUCCGGACCUUGGAUAAUAAGCCAAUUUCAAGCUCUCCAGUGGGUAAGCCAUUGGUUUGCCGCCUCAUACGGUAUUAAUCACUAGAUACAGAGCAGGCAUCAGGUGAGCAUGGUACGAGUCUUGGCACGGAUAUGGAUGGGUGUUGUUGGUGCCGCAGCUGCAGCGGUAUCGGCCGAACCGGGCGGCAUGAUUCAUGAUUGUGCUCUGGACGGUACAAGUGGCGCCUGCUGUCUAUGCAGCUAUGGGCUGAAAGAAUUAUCUUCUACCAGAGUUGGUGAAGAAACUGUUGGCUGUGCUAUCGCGAUAUUUUCCCUCCCUCAUUUUGUGGUUGCCUCUAAGCGAAAGGUGCAAAUCUCUUUGCAAAAGAAAAAGAUUUGUCCAAUUCAAUUGGUUGAAUCUCUUACUAUGGAUCCUGCUGCCAAAUGCUGAUCUAGUAGUGCGAUUUUUCUUGUUGGGGUAAUAUGCC